AUGGCAGAAGCAGGUUUGUUCAACAUAGCUGAUGGGAUCCUGGGAAAGAUAGGCAACCUUGCCCUCCAGGAAAUCGGAUUGGUGUGGGGUGUCAAAGAACAGCUUGAGAAACUGAAAAACACAGUUUCCACCAUUAAAGCUGUACUUUUGGAUGCAGAGGAUCAGCAUGCCAAGAGCCAUGAGGUUAGGGAUUGGCUUGGAAAGCUUAAAGAUGCAGUUUAUGAUACAGAUGACCUGUUGGAUAAUUUUUCAACUCAUGUUCUGAAACGUCAACAGGGGAAAAGGGGAAAACAGGUAAGCUUUCUAUUCUCAAAAGUUAGUCAAGUAACUUACAAUCUUAAGAUAAGUCAUCAAAUCGAGGCCAUUAGGGAGAAAUUAGAUGCAAUAGCUGCUGAUAAAAUUAAAUACCACUUUACGGACCGAUCCCCUAUAAGCAUACCACUUGUAAAGGUUGAGAGGAGGCAGACACAUUCGUUUGUCCGAAAGGAAGAUGUAGUUGGGAGACAAGGUGACAAAGAUGCCAUCAUGAAAAGGUUGUUGGAGAGUAAUGGCGUUGACAAUGUUUCAGUGAUACCAAUAGUUGGGAUAGGGGGACAAGGCAAGACCACUCUAGCUCAACUAGCGUACAAUGAUGAGAGAACAGUGAAGCAUUUUGAGUUGAGGAUGUGGGUGUGUGUUUCCGAUGUUUUUGAUGUGAAAAUGAUAGUUGAGAAGAUUUUGGAGUCUGCUACUAGUUCCAAGUAUGAAAGUCUCGAGAUGGAUUCCUUGCAAACUCACCUUCGUAAAAGGAUCGAUGGCCGGAAAUACUUACUUGUGUUAGACGAUAUGUGGAAUGAUAGUCGGGAGAGGUGGCUGAAUUUGGCAGAUUUGUUGAUGAAUGGUGCAAGGGGCAGUAAGAUAAUUGUCACUACACGUGCUCAACUGGUUGCUUCCAUUACAGGCACAAGCCAGCCUUACCUGUUGGAAGGCCUUCCAGAAGACAUGUCUUGGUCCUUGUUCGAAAAAGUGGCAUUUAAAGAAAGCAAAGAGACAAAUGAUUCAAGAUUAGUAGCAAUUGGGAAGGACAUUGUCAAAAAAUGUGCCGGUAAUCCCCUCGUGAUAAGGACCAUAGGUGGCGUUCUAUAUACCAAAGAUACCGAAACUGAGUGGCUCUCUUUAAAAGAGAGGCAAUUGUCAAUGCUAACUCGAAACGAAGAUGAUGUAUUAUCCGUACUGAAGUUAAGCUAUGAACAACUGCCAUCCUAUUUAAAACAGUGCUUUGCUUACUGUUCAUUGUUUCCUAAGGACUAUGAGAUAAACAAGCAAAUGCUGAUUUCGCUUUGGAUUGCAGAAGGGUUUAUACAACCUUUGCAGGGAAUUCAAUGCCUCGAGGAAUUGGGGGGCCAGUAUUUCAUGGAUCUCCUCAGGCGGUCCUUUUUUCAAGAUGUGGAAUAUGAUGAAUGGGGCAAUGUAAUAAGUUGCAAACUGCAUGACCUCAUGCAUGACCUUGCUCAAUUAAUUGCAGGGAGUGACUGCUCCAUGGUAGAUCUGGAUUGUGAAAACAUAUCUGAAAGAACUCAUCAUGUGUCGUUGAGUGCCGAAUUAGAUUCAUCCUGGAAAAUCCCAACCACUUUGCUCAACGCAAACAAAAUACGGACAUUUCUUCUUCCAAUGCAACCUAUUCAUCGUGUAGUUUUGGACAAGGUUGAUCAUGAAGCAAUCAUUUCAAGUUUUAGGCUUAUGCGUGUAUUGGAUCUACACAAUACCGGGCUUCACAUCCUACCGAGGAUCAUCGGUAAGUUGAAACAUUUGAGGUAUCUUGAUCUCUCCAAGAAUGAAGUCAUCAGAAAACUCCCAAGUUCCAUUACUGAGUUGCUUAAUUUGCAGACACUAAAAAUCUAUUCUUGUAAGAGAUUAGAACAGCUUCCGAGAAAAUUAAGUAACAUGAUUAGUCUUAAGCAUCUUGAGACUGGUCAAUGUACUGGUUUGACACAUAUGCCAUCCGGGAUUGGGCAGCUAACUUCGCUUCAAACAUUAACACGAUUUGUAGUAGGCAUGAGUUCCUUCGAAAUGGCCAGUGGAGGUCUAAGGGAACUGAAAGACCUAAAUGAGCUGAGGGGAGAACUAAUGAUAGCAAAGCUGGAAAAUUUGAGAAAUGUUGCAGCAGAAUGCGAGGAAGCAAACUUGAAGGAGAAACAACACCUAGAGGUGUUGACUUUAGAUUGGAGUCGAGAAGUUAAUAAUCAUGUUAGUUUUGAAGAAGAUGAAGCAUUGUUGGAAGGCCUGCAGCCACAUUCAAAUCUUCAAGAGUUUCACAUUUAUGGAUAUAGAGCUGAAAGGUUCCCAAAGUGGAUGAGCUUUGACAUGGCUUUGCUACUCCCAAACUUACUUGAAAUCACCAUAUGGAAUUGUAUUAAAUGCAUACAUCUCCCGUUGUUCAGUCAGCUUCCCAAGCUUAAGGUGCUCAGGCUUGAAGUGAUAACUGCUGUCGAAUACAUUGAAGAUAGCAGGGCCGAGUCUUCUUCAUCUUUAUCAUUCAAGGGAAAUCCAAUGAAUAGAGGAAGAGAAGGUAAAGAAUUCUUCCCUUGCCUAGAAGAAUUAGUGUUUUUUGACUUGCGAAAUCUGAAGGGAUGGUGGAGGGAAGCCCCUCCUGUUACCAAUAAUAAUCAUGGCGCAGCAGCAUCACCACAAAGGCCAUUGCAGAAGAAGGAAUCAAUGGUCUCAUUCCCUUGUCUUUCGAAAUUAAAAAUUGGGAUUUGCACCAACCUGACACAUAUGCCAUUGCAUCCAUUUCUGGAAGAACUGGAGCUAAAGAAUACGCCUGCAAGGCUUUUGCAACAGUCAGCAAUGGUAGCAGCAGGAGCAAAUUUGGUGUAUCCAUUGUAUCUUUCCAAGCUAAAGGUUAUGCAUAUUGAUGGUAUCAUAGAUUUGGUGUCAUUUCCAGAGAAGGGGAUUCAUCAUCUUACAUCUCUUCAACAUCUAUCAAUAGAAAAUUGUCCUGACCUAGUAUGCCUAACUGAGGAAGGCCUGAAGAGUUUAACUUCACUCCGAUUUUUCAAUAUUCGAUGUUGUGAAAUACUCAAGUCACUUUUCAAAGGGUUUAAACAUCUAACAGCCCUUGAAGAGCUUGAAAUCAAAGAAUGCAGAGAGCUGGAUCUGUCAAAAGAUUUGGAAGAGAAUGUCAUGGAACUGCAAUGCCUCCGCACCUUGAGAAUCGAGGAUAUGCCGAAACUAAGUUCUCUGCCUGAUGGUCUUCAACAUGUCACCACACUGAAAGAUUUGCAGAUUUCGAGCUGUUCGAAUCUGAAGACGUUACCGGAAUGGAUUGGAAAUCUGACUUCACUUCAAAGAUUUGAAGUCUUGGACUGUCCUCAGUUAGCAUCUUUCCCACAAACACUGUACUCUCUCAAAGCAUUAGAGUACCUUGAAAUUACAAGCUGUUCAAAGUUAUUCGACACAGGCCAAAUCAAGAAAUGCAAAAAUUGGUCAAUGAUUGCUCACAUCCCCGAGAUUGUCAUCGAUGGAGAGAAAAUGUGA